GUGAGUACACAGUGAGUGAGCACUCAGAGCAGAGAUUGAGGGGACAGAGAGAGAGAGAGAGAAUGGCCUCUGACUCGGACAGUAAUGCUAACUGGUGCGAGCCCUCUUCCCUGAAGCGGGGUGACCUGCUGGAGGUGUCCCGCACUCUCUUCACUCACUAUGGGAUUUAUCUGGGAGGACAGAAGGUGGCUCACCUGAUGCCCGACAUCCUGCCCUUGUUCACCGAUGACCAGAAGCUGAUCCAGGAGGUAGUGACCAACCAGCGCCUGAUCCUGGGCGUUAUCUGCAGGACGGCGAGUAUCCGGGUGGACUCGGUGGAGGAUUUUGCUUAUGGAGCCUGUAUCCUGGUGAACCACAUGGACUCUAUGUGCAAGAGCCCUGUGCUUCCCGGGGAAGAGGUGGCGAGGAGAGCAGAGAAACUGGUGGGAAGCACAGAGUACAGCCUGCUCUGGAACAACUGUGAACAUUUUGUCACUCACUGUAGGUACGGCACCGCAGUCAGCAUCCAGACUGACAAGUUCUGUGAAGCAGUGAAGACUGUAAUUCGGGACCAAAGGAGCGUUUUUGUCACUGCUGCUUUAGGACUUGCCGGGAUUUUUUGCCUGGGUUUUGGGCCCUCCACCACUCUCCCUACAGUCCUCAUACCAUUCUUCCUAUGGAUGGCUGGCUAAUUUAUGCAGUGACUUGCAAUGCAAUGUAAAUAUGUGUUAUAGCAGUCUAAUUAUGUACAAAGAGAAGCAAUAUGAUUUAUAAAUAUUCACCCAUUUCAGUAAAAAUUAAUUUGUCCCUUUUGUGAGAUGUAGCUCCAUUAAUACAUAAAACAAAAUUGGAUUUGGCUUACUCAUGUACUGAAUAGACUCCUAAAAUCAAAUAUUUUAAUGAGACUUUCUUGCUUCAUAACAUUAAAGAUAUGCUAUGUUUGAAAUCUUGAAUUUUUAAAAAAUAAUUUUAUAUUUUGACUAUUCCUCUAUGUUUUGUCUUUUACUUAUACUAACUGUUCAGUUUUGGCCAUAUGGACAUCAUACUCCAUGGAUUGUAUAUCCAAAUAUGUAUUUGGUCAGUGAACAUUAAUAGUUUUUUUUAAAUGGCACUAUAAAUACU